AUGAAACGUCAUCUUCGUCGAUUCUUGACAACCUGUCAAUCUGAAAAUUUACUACAGACGGUUGAUGGACCCAUUCACAUAGAUAAGAUUGAAAGUGGGUUAGGUGCACGUUUCGGCUAUCCAAGCGAUAUGUCUCAUGCCAAAUAUGAGCAGAAAUUAAACGUUUGGAUAAGUUAUUUUGAGGAAAAUAGCCGAAACCUCACUAUGGUUCGUCAGCCCAUCUUUUCGAAGAUGAUUCGAUCCGGUAUACCUGAUGAGUUGAGAGGAGAAGUUUGGGAAAUGAGUUCAGGGUCCAUGUAUCUUCGUUUUGAUCAACAAGGACUUUACCAACAAAUAUUGAAAGAGCAUGAGAAUGACACAUCUUUUGCUAUUGAAGAAAUUGAGAAAGAUUUGCAUAGAUCACUUCCUGAGUAUCCUGCUUAUCAAACUAAAGAAGGUAUUGACAGGCUACGCCGUGUAUUGAUAGCUUAUUCAUGGAAAAAUCCAGAAAUUGGUUAUUGUCAAUCAAUGAAUAUUGUAACUUCAUGCUUACUCAUAUACAUGACGGAGGAACAAGCAUUUUGGAUACUGCAUGCACUUGUUGAUUAUCUAUGCCCAGGCUAUUACAGCUCAUCGAUGUAUGGUGCUUUACUAGAUCAAGUUGUAUUAGAAAGCCUAGUAAAGAUACAUAUACCAAAAUUAAGUACUUACUUGGAUGAGAGGAAUCUUCAGCUAUCAGUCAUUUGUUUACCAUGGUUUUUGACUCUAUUCUUUAAUUCCAUGCCUAUUGCUUUUGCUUUCCGUAUAUUGGAUUGCUUUUUCUUGGAAGGACCAAGAAUUCUAUUCCAAAUAGCUCUUGCUAUUUUAAAAAGACACGAAAAACAGUUAUUAACAGUGGACGACGAAUCUGGCCUUUUGAUGAUUAUGAAAGAAUUCUUUGCAUCUUUGAUUACACCAGCGGAUGACAUUUUCAAUAGCCUGAUGAAGUCAGCAUAUGCUGAUUUCCGGAGGGUGACUUCUACGAAAAUCGCAGCCCUUCGUAAGGAGAGCGAACUUAAAAUUAUAGGCAGUGUUGAAAACUUUACCAAACGCAAUGCUUUGAGAAGCAUCAAAAGCACAGCCAAUUUUGGAUCAGAUGAAAUAUCACUGAUAUACGAUUACUUUUUUGGAGCGCUUUAUUAUGCGAAUAAGCAGCAUGAUAAAGACUCCACACCUGAAAUGGAUUUGGUUGCUUUUACAAAGAUGUUGGAAAGCAUGACCACCUGGGCAAAGCUUAGUAGUCGUGAUGACUAUCAGGAUAGUAUUCAGCAUUCUGAAGAUUUCGUUCUUCUGGAUGAGGUUUUGAAAAGCUUUAUUCGGCGCUUAUUCAACUACUUCAAAUCUGAUGAUUUAACGGGUAUAACGUUGACUGAUUGUGUUAGCAAACUAGACGAGCUCUUACGAGGGGACAUCCUUUCGAAAGCAUCAUUUUACUUUGCCCUUUAUGAUGAAGAUAAAGAUGGAAAACUCAUGAAUACAGACCUACAUUCGAUAACUGCCGAGAUGUUCCUAUUAAUGAAUUUAUUGAACGUCGAUUUUAACAAAUGGGAGACCAUCUGUAGCUUUUUAGCACUUACUGUUGAAGAAUCAUCAACGAAAGAAGCUGCUGAUCGCUUGCUGAACAAGAUUCAAGACAGCGAGCAAUUGCCUGUUCCAGGCUUGGGAAAGAUAAAUGCGACUUAUUUUGUAGCCCAUAUCAACAAGAUUCAUAACGCUCUUUUCGAACUCGAUAUCCCCUCAAUUAAGCUUACGCUGCCCUCCUUUAGGGCUGUGUUGUUGACGGAAGACCGUCUAGUUCAGUUGAUACAGACCGAUAUACCCCGAAGCUUCAGAUUACAGAAAGGGACAGAUGAAGCACAGAAGGGUUUGGGCCUAGAGAUUCUUGAGACGUUGAUCCUUGAAGGGAAAAAGCUUGCUGUAACAACUAACCUUGCUCGUUCUAAUCAACAAUUAUUAUUGCCUCCUCCUCCAUCUGCAAGGCGUCGUUUGUCCUCCGCUUCUAUACCACCACCUAUUCCAACAAGAUCGCCCAGAUCUCCAAUAUCAACUUCAACAAUGAGUACACACAACAAUAAUAAUGAAACCCACUUAGAGGAUGAUGAUUAUGAGCUACUUUAA